CAUCUCUUCCAUCCUCUUUCACUAUCUCACUCAAAAAUGUCUCUCAACGUUGACGCUCUCGAGAAGCACCUCACCACUCGUUCCUACAUCGAAGGAUACGAGCCCUCGCAGGCCGAUGUUCACGCCUACAAGCUCCUGACAGCCCCUGACGCCAAGAAGCACCCUCACGCUUCGAGAUGGUACAACCACAUCAAGUCCUACGCCGCUGAGCACGACUCUCUGCCAGGAUCGAGCAAGGCUGGCGAGGCCUUCGUUGGUGCCGCCCCUGAUGCCGCGGAAGGUGAUGACGAUGAGGUUGACCUCUUCGGUUCCGAAGACGAGGAGGAUGAUGCCGAAGCUGAGCGCGUCAAGGCCGAGCGUGUUGCUGCUUAUAACGCUAAGAAGGCGAACAAGCCCAAGGCCGCUGCCAAGUCUGUUGUUACCCUUGAGGUCAAGCCAUGGGACGACGAGACCGACAUGAAGGCGCUUGAGGAUUCCGUUCGCUCCAUUCAGCAGGAGGGUUUGGUCUGGGGUGCUAGCACACUUGUUGCUGUUGGCUUCGGUAUCAAGAAGCUGCAGAUCACCCUUGUCGUUGAGGACGAGCUUGUGUCCACGGAUGAGCUUCAGGACAAGAUCGCCGAGUUCGAAGACUAUGUCCAGAGCACUGAUAUCGCCGCCAUGCAGAAGCUUUAGAUCCUUUCUCCUGUGUUAGUAGUCCACAUUCGUUGUAGUUAAGGUUGUACUUGGAUGUAACUGGGAUAUGUACGACUAUCCAACAGUGUAUUCUGAUUCCGGCAGGGUUCACGUUCCGAGUGAGUCUUGACCGU